AUGGUUUCCACUCAGCAACCGUCGGUCCUACAUCAAAACAUGUUGGCCAGUUUUGGUGAAUUGAAUCGAAGGUUGCAAUUACCUCACGGAGAUGGAAUUGUUGGAAUUGAGUGCUUUCAUGAAGAGGACGCCUCAGUUUUCUCACACAAAGAAGUGUAUGAUACGAGCACAAGUAGUAAUGAAAACAACAACCCUCAUCAUGAGGAAACGAAAUUUCAAACGGUGAUCGCGAUCCAUACAGUGAAAAAUAGAAUUAUCACUCUCUCGAAAACGAUUCGUCAUGACGAAAGAAAUGACGACGAAUCUUUGUGGCAUGUGAAAAUGUAUGAACAAAUGAAAGAGUGGAGUGAUAGAGAAGAAAAGAGUAUUAAAGCAAUAUUUAAGCGAAAAUUAGACAAAUUAGAUCAUUUGGAUGAAAACUCGUCAGAUACAAAACAAAAAAAGAGUGGUAGCCGAUAUUUAGUUAAAAUGGUCUCACCCCUCACUGUCAAAAAUGUUGUCACACCCACAGCAUCCAAGUUUGGAAGAGAAGUUGGACCAUUAUUUAUUAUUGAUAAAUUGCUAGAUGAUUUUUUAAUAUGGACCAGCAAUCAUGAAGAGCCUUCUUCAAGAAUUCCAAUUUUUAAUGAGACAAUUUCCACCUUAUUUAAGGGAAAUAUUGCAGAUUUUCAAUUUAAUGGCAAUUUAGCCGUGUGGCUAACCACUUUCGGCCAUGUAUAUUACUCUUUCAUUAAUUUUGAACAAUUUUUACAACCCUCCACACAACAAUGUGAAAUUUAUAAGGCCAUGUAUAAUAAUAGAGAGUUUAAAGCAAGGAAAAUAGCACUAGGUGCUGACCAUUUAUUAGUUAUUGGAACACCAGAUAAUGCGCUGUAUUCAUUGGGUGGAAAUGACUAUGGUCAAGCUGGUCUCUCACAAAGUCAUGAAAUUGUGCUUUCACUCACACGAGUGGAUGGAAUUAAGGGGAAAAUCAAAGAUGUUUCCGUUGGAAAGUAUUUCUCUAUUGUAUUGACCGAUGACCAUCAAAUUUUCACAUUUGGAAUUAACGAAAAUGGGCAAGUAGCACUCAAUCCCUCAUCCACAUCUAAGAGUCAUAUCCCAACUCCUAUCACUCCCAAAUUAUUUGGCGACGAGAAGAUUGUCACCAUUACCACAGGAAGUGCUCAUACUGCAGUUUUGACAGAGAGCGGAUCAAUUUUUACAUGGGGAAGCAAUUCACACAAGCAAUUAUUACACAAUUCGACACAUUCUCACAUUCCUAGUAUGAUCUUUUCGAAUGUUCGUGAAAAGUUUAAAUUAUCAACCACUCUGCAACAAGUUUUUGCAUGUGGAAAUUCUUUAUUUUUAUUAUUGCGAGAUUUUAAGGUUGACGAGGAUGAACCAAUUAUGUCCACCACAAAUUUGCCACUCGUCGAUUUGAAUAUCAUAAAUGCGACUAAUUCGUCUCCAUCAAAAACACUAGCUCACAAUGACUCUGCGACUAAUAUUUUUCAAAACUAUUCAGAAACGAACAAGUACAUUAUGGACAACUUUGAAUUUAUUGAACAAGUGGGAAGUGGAUCUGAAGGCCUCAUUCACAAAUACAAGUGCAAAAAAACACAAGAACAUGUUGUCAUCAAGCACAUGAAGGUUUCAGAAAAUGAAAAAGGCAGUUUUCAAGCUCAUAUUGAACAAGUUCGAAAACUCAAUCACAAACAUUUGGUUCCGUACUUGGAAGCUUUUUGUGAUGAGAAUGAAGAAAAAUCUGAAGCGUCUUAUUGUCACAUUGUCAUGCCCUACUAUUACCAAGAUUUAUCAGAUCUUAUCUUUUAUCAUUCGGAUAUGGAACAUGACUCAACGACCAUCAUUGAUGUUUAUGAAAUUGCUUAUCAAAUUUCGGAAGGUAUUGAUUAUUUACAUCAGCUCGAUUUGGUACAUCGAGAUAUUAAGGUCGAAAAUAUUUUGAUUGAAUCGUGUGGAGGAAGGCAUAAAUUUGCCAAAAUCACAGACUAUGGAUUUAUGACGAAUAUCCACCAGGUGCAUUCCACACAUUCUGUAACUACGGAAGGCGAUCGAGUUGUAUCAUCAUCCUCUUUGAACAAUAAUCUCGUAGACAGUUUUAACAAGAAGAGAUCAGCCAUGUAUAUUGGUAGUUUACCAACAGUAGCACCAGAAAUCAAAACCAAGAGUCACCUUUCUAGAGAGAGUCUCAAAGCAACGGAUAGUUUCUCAUUUGGAGUCUUGCUUUAUCAAUUACUUACAUUCCAAUCAAAAGUUACAAUAGAUGGUGUUGAACAAUACAUUUCUGAUGCACUGUUGCAUGACGAAAGGGCAACACAUCAAGAAAUUUCCAAACAACUUUCCUUGAAAGCAUAUCCCAAGUUGUGUAUCGAUUUGGUAUUGAAUUUGUUGCAGAAAGAUUGGACAAAACGCCCAACCAUGCGACAAGUGAAAAAUGUUUUGGAUUUUCUUACACGAGGAGAGACGUGGUCCUUUUUUCAAAGCUGUUUAAGAGAUUUUUAG